UAUGUCGUGUUUUAAAAUGAGUACAGGUUCAGAUAGCCCUUUAGUUCGUGUUCAUCUGGGAGCGUUUUGACUCCCGGCUCAUGAUUUUUAUUUUGUUUUUCGGAGCGAAGAGAAAAGUUUUUAGGAGAAGAAUUUUCAACAUGGAAACCGGAAGUCGAAUGUUUUUUAUGUUUUUGCUGCUGUCUCCGUGUUUUUGUGUUUUCAACCCUGCACAGAUUGACCCUUUGGUUUAUGAUGAGCAGCUGCUGUGGGUGAGCGGAAUCCAGGGGGAGGUAAGCUCCUUCAGGAUCCCCGUGAUCACCUUCACGCCCAAAGGAAGCCUGCUGGCGUUCACCGAGGCCAGGAAGUUGUCGUCCAGUGACAUCGGAGCCAAGUUCCUUGCAGUGAGACGGUCCACGGACAAAGGAAGCACGUGGUCUCCGACCGCCUUCAUCGUGGAUGACGCGCACCACCCGAACGGCCUGAACCUGGGCUCGGUGGUGGUGGACGAGGAGGCCGGUUCGGUCAUUCUCAUCUACUCCUUCUGCUUCCACCUUUACCACUGCAGCCCGGCCAGCACCAUGAUGGUGGAGAGCGUGGACGACGGCCUCAGCUGGGGCGUUCCCAGAAACCUCUCGGUCCAGCUGGGAGUGAAAGCCUUCGCUCCCGGGCCGGGCUUCGGCAUCCAGAAGCGCUACCCGCCUGCAAAGGGCAGGUUGGUGGUUUGUGGCCAUGGAACGCUGGAGGGCGACGGUGUUUUUUGCAUCCUGAGCGACGACCACGGGCAGAACUGGUACUACGGAGCGGCGCUGAAGAGCAUCCCUUACAACCAGCCGAAGAAAGCUCAGGACUUCAACCCUGACGAGUGCCAGCCGGUUGAGCUGCCAGACGGCAGCAUCAUGAUCAACGUGCGGAACCAGAACAACUACCACUGUCGGUGUCGCAUCGUGAUCCGCAGUCUGGACGGAGGGCUGACUCUCCCCGUAGAGGAGCUGUUUUUCGACAACAAACUGGUGGAUCCAGCCGUGGCCGCCGGAGCGCUGCAAAAAGACGGCGUGCUCUACUUCACCAACCCUUCCAACGAGCAACACAGAGUGAAUCUGACGCUACGAUGGUCGCUAACCAGUGGAUUGUCUUGGGAAAAUAAAGCCGUUCAGAUAUGGGAGGGACCAAGUGGUUACUCCUGCAUCACGUCGUUGGGCGGUAGCUCAGUAGAAGAUGAAAAGUACAUCUACGCCAUCUAUGAAAAGGGCCACAAGGACUACUGGGAGACCAUCUCAUUCGUCAAAAUAAACCUAUACGGUGGUCGGUAGAGAAGCAGAGCAGGUUCAAACCUCGAAGGGAAGCAGGACGAAUAUUUGAAUCCAGCAUCUUUCUCAGGAAGAAAAAGGCACGUCUUAAAAACAUGCCUGGAAAAGUGCUUCGUUUCUAUUUUGCCAAGCUGUUGCACAGUUUCAUAACGUUCUCGGACUCGUAGUUUAAAAAACCAAACGUGACCAAGGAGCACAU